AUGUCAGCCUUAAGUAUGGAUGCCUUGGAAUUGAACAGCCAGCCUUCUCGGCCUAAAUCAAUGUCCAAAUCGGCCAAAUUUUUAAUUUUUGCCACGGGCGGAGUUGGUGUUGGUUUGUCCGUUGUCUGUGCUUCAUUUGUUGCGCCCGCUUUCCGAAGAAUCUGCCUGCCCUAUGUUCCGGCUACUCCAGAACAAGUGUCAAAUGUUCUAAAAUUCCUACCAGCUAAAGGUCCCAAACGUUUGCUGGACAUUGGCUCCGGCGACGGAAGAAUAGUAAUCGCCACUGCCAAACACGGUAUUCAAUCAGAUGGUGUAGAACUUAACCCAUGGCUCGUAUGGUGGUCUCGUUUAGCAGCACUACGUGAAGGUGUAAAUUCCAAAACCAAGUUCUAUCGCAGAGAUUUGUGGAAGUUUAGUUUGAAGCCAUAUGACUAUGUGGUUAUUUUUGGAGUUGAACAAAUGAUGAAAGAUUUAGAGCACAAAUUGAUAGCCGAAGUACCUUCCUCCAAAGUGAUAGCCUGCCGUUUUCCAUUGCCAACAUUAGAACCAUUAAAGGUCAUAGAGGAUGGUGUCAAUUCCGUGUGGUUCUAUGAUCUAAGCAAAAGCAAACCGAGCAACCACCCUAGUCAAUAA